AUGAGGGAUAGAGCGCGUAUACCACUGUUGGCAAGGUCCGUCAAGGAUAGGGUUACUCUAUACCAGGGCAGAGCAGACCCCUGGGCUGCUCGUAGCUGGUUGAAGAAUUUGGAAAGCACUUUCGGAUACAUGAGUUGUUCAGAUGAAGAGAAAGUGGAAUUGGCCGCGUAUCAUCUCUGGGAUCAGGCAGUCACAUGGUGGGAGAUGCAGAAGACAAUCUUUGCGGAACAGCGCAUCACAUGGGUGAUGUUCCGGGAUGCUUUUGAGUGCCAGUAUUUUCCAGCCACAUUCUGUUUAGCUCGACGCCAGGAAUAUCUGAAUCUCAAGCAGGGCGAUCGAUCGGUGAUGGAGUACAACGCUGAAUUCUGUAGAUUGGCUGAGUUUUGCCCUCAUUUGGUGGCACAGGAUUAUUAUCGGAUGCAGCAGUUCACCCAGGGCUUAGCAGCAUAUAUUCGGCUCAGGAUGUCAGGAUUUCCAGGUAGCUCCUACCGAGAAGUUUUGGAUCGUGCACUGUUUAUCGAGAUGACUCAGCAGUAG